CGUCGCUGGAAGGUGCUGGCGGUGAUGGUGGUGGUGAUGGUGGUGGUGAGCGUCACACUGCGUCAGUAGCGGCUAGUCACCUGCCGUGCACGUGCCUCUGUGUGUGUGUCACCUCGCGUGCGUGUGUGCGUGCGUGAGUGCAAAAAAAUACGAACGGGAGAAAAGGGAGAGGAAAAAAUAUACAAAGCCUUGAAAAAUCCAGACAAAAAGAAGGAAAAAAUACAUAUUAAUGAAAAGAGAGAAAAAAAGAAAACAAAAUCACAAAACAGCAAGGAAAAUAAGAAGAAAAGACGGACGUAAGGAGAAAGAAGGAAAAGUAAAAAAGAGGAAGGAAACAGCAUAUAGGAAAAGCUCAAGAAAAGUGUGAAAAAAAAGAAAAGUAGAGAAAAAAUAUAUAUAUAAGCGAUACAUGACCAACAUAUAGUGACGAAUGAAAUAGUCUGAAUGAGAUACUGAAAGAUAGAGAGAAGAAAAGGGAGAUAGAGAAAAUAAGUUAUCGAAAGGAAGGAAAAAAAGUUGGUCAGGUUGAAAGAGGAAAGUGAGGGAAGGAAUACUCAAACGUAACCAUUCUCUUCCUUCCACCCUCUUCCACUCAUCCAUCAAUCCAUCCAUUCAGACCAAGAGAGCUUACAGAAGAAAAGGAAAGUGAAGAACAGAAUAACAACACAACAAUACUCAGAGCUUGUGUUGCGUUACUUUGUGUUAGUGUUGGUGGUGGUGGUGGUGUUUGUGAGUGUGUUCGUGUGUGUGUUUGUUUACCUUUUGUCUACGUCUACCUGUGUCGUGUUUACCUGAGCCGCAAACAUGGUGUACAGGUGUGACGAGGUGUUGCUCUCCUACAAUAAGUUCAACGAGACGAAGGACCAGUGGGACAGCAUCGCGGGCCACACCCAGAAAGGCAUCACCUUUCUGGAGCAGUAUGGCCACUUCGUCAAGGAGCGAUGCCAGAUUGAACUCGACUACGCCAGAGGACUCAGGAGACUGGUCAAGACGUACCUACCCAAGAAGAAGGAGGGCGAGGACCAACAGUUUACGAGCGUGAAGGCGUUCCGGGAUGCUGUGAACGAGACGGCGGACCUGGCGGGGCAGCACGAGGUCAUCUCCGAGAACCUGACGACGGUGGUGCUGGCCGAUAUUGCCGCGCUGGUCAAGGAGAUGAAGGAGGACAGGAAGAAGCACCUCGCGGACGGCGGACGCGUACAGCAGCAGCUCAACCACUCCCUGCAGCAGCUGGAGAAGGCAAAGAAGAACUACGAAAAGGCGUUCAGAGAGGCCGAGAAGGCGCAGGACAACUACCUGAAGGCGGACGCUGACCUCCACCUGUCCCGCGCGGAGGUGGAGAAGCAGCGGAUGAACGCCAGCAUCAAGAGCCAGCAAUGUGAGGACAGCAAGAACGAGUACGCGAACCAGCUGCAGAAGACCAACCAACUCCAGGGGGACCACUACAACACCGUCAUGCCAGGGAUCUUCCAAGGCCUUCAGGACCUGGACGAGAAGCGGAUCAACAACUUCAAGAACCUCCUCAAGCAAAGCGUCGAGAUCGAGCGCGCUGUCUUCCCCAUCAUCAACAAAUGCCUCGACGGGAUAGUCACGGCGGCAGACUCGAUAGACGAAAAAAUGGACUCACAGGUCGUCAUAGAGAGGUACAAAUCAGGCUUCACUCCUCCCGGGGACAUUCCCUUCGACGACCUCAGCACUCCCAGACAAAACGGUGACUCCACGCCCACCUCCCACCCCCCGCUGCGGCAGGACACCAUCAAGGGCACCAUAUCCGCUUCCAAGGGCAGGAAACGUGGCGGCAUCUUUGGGAUCUUUGCCUCGAACAAGAACAACUUUUCAUUCUCUGAGAAGGAAGACUUCAGCGACCUGCCACCCAACCAGCGGAAGAAGAGGAUCCAGCAACGGAUUGACGACGUCACGAACAAACUUCACCAGGAAACAGCUGCCAGGGAUGGACUACUGAAGAUGAAGGAGGUGUACGAGGGGAACCCAUCACUGGGCGACCCCAUGAGUAUAAUAGGGCAGCUGAAUGACUCGUGCCAAAAAAUUGAGAAGCUGCGCGGUGAGCUGCAGCGCUACCAGAACAUGCUGGAGGAGGUGGAUGGGGAGGGGCAGGGCAGUGGCGGGGCUGCGUCGGGCGGCCCCUCCACCCCCAACGCCUCGCUGGCCCGGCACCACGUCGUGUCUUCGCACCACAAUGGCGGCGCAUCCCCCAGGUCAUCCGUCACCUCCCACCGUACCUCCCUCAGCGACGAGUCCUUGUCCCGGUCAGCUUCUGAUUCCUCCGUCUGCACCAACCCACCCUCCUCCUCCAACACCACUACCACCACCACCACCACCACCUCCACCACCACCACAGCCACCAACUCCCUCCAUCGUGUAGCCAUCUCUGGUCUGGCCACCACCACCUCAACCACCACCACCUCCUCCACUACCACCAACUCAUGUGGGGAGGGUGGCAGGCCAGCCCCUCCUGACCCCCUGCCCUCUCAGGGCUCGUCCCAUAGUCCGGAGAGCGGCAUUGGCCUCAGCCACAACUCACUGCCCGGCUCAGACACUUACGACCAGCCAGACGCAGGGGAGGACGAGAACGCUGAAUUCUACGACACUGAACCGCUGCCCAUCAUUGGCACAUGUCGGGCCCUUUAUGUCUUUGAUGGCACCAGCGAGGGCAGCAUGAGCAUGACAGAGGGAGAGGAGCUGAAUGUGAUAGAACUGGACCAAGGAGACGGCUGGACGAGAGUCAGGCGGGUGGCUGAGUUUCAAGAAGGAUUCGUGCCAACGUCCUACAUUGAGAUGUCACUCUACAAUAACUGUUAAACAUUCCUGCUCCCUAGGACUACUGUUGAUAGCACUAAUGCCAGGCUGUUAUGCAUUUUUAUAUGAAAUGUGAAGUUGAAAAUUAUGGACUGAUAAUGACUAGAGGUGUUGCUGGGCCCAUGUGUUGUUUGUCAUAAUAUUAAAAUUAUAAUUAUAUCCUCCUUUGAAAGUGAAGCAGCUUGGUAGUUAUGCAUUUUAGGUAUUAUGCAUCGUGGCACCUGAAUGCUCACCCUUCACUGACGUACAUUCAGCCAUCCCAAAGCAAGACUCUCCUGGUGGAACGCCCUCUAGUGCUCAAUAUGACAGGAUCCCUCCAUCACUGUUUUCAGGAAGACAUCAUCACCUGUAGUAUCAGUCCUCUUGCCUCAUAACUACUAGUAGUGGCCAUCUAUAGCUUACAGAUGUGUGCAGAGAUAAUGAUGACUCCCUCAUAGCAAGGAUUUGUCCCUGGAUGGAAACCUUUUAGCUUAGGUUGAUUUUUAUUCCUUUUAAAGGUAUGGACUCUUCAAGGAUAGUACCAUUGAUUUUUUUUUUUUUAUUUAUUGAUUUUUUUUUUUUUUUUUUGAGCCUUAAUGCAGCAGUGAAAUGUGUUGUUGUUUUCAGAAAUGUUAAUUUCUCACAGUCGGCACUUGCAGGAUGGAGGUGGAGGGUGCAGUGUGGCAGCAGGUGGAACCCAUUGUCUGUCUUGUCUCUCAGUGUUCUUCCAUUGUAACGACAGUAACCCAUUAAUGUCGGUUUUGCACAAAAUUUAUCGAGUGUUUGGCAUUAAGCUCUCACAUAACAUUGUUUACUUUCACCUGUUUUUAUGCCCUUUUUGUGUUUCUUUGUCCACCUGUAAGCUUGUCUGAUGCCAGAAGCAGCAGGUACGGUGUGUUGGGAGGCAGGUGAGCCAUGCCAGUGUGCACCUCCACCACUGUACAGCCAAACUUAAUGGACUGUAUUCUUUAGCUGAAUAACAUGUGUGCUUGUUGGUGAUCCUGCGGGGACACAACCCUGGUGUGCCAUUGUCAGCCAGGUACAUUGUGCUGCAUUCUGAAAUUUCCAUUGAUAACAUGCAAAAAUUAUUCAGUCUGGUGUUUGGUUUAGGGUAUUCAAUAUCAAAUUUUUAAAUUUGCAUUUAAUGACAUGAUAAUUCAAACACAAUUUGUCGUUUUACUUUUAGAAAAAAUGCCUUAUGCAGUGUAAAGAAUAUUUGCCCAAAACCUCAUGUAUAAUGCUAAUAUUAAUUACAGCUGCAGUGAAGUGUGUGUGUGUGUGUGUGUGUGUGUGUGUGUGUGUGUGUGUGUGUGUGUGUGUGUGUGUAGGAGAAUAAUGAAGUGAAUCAUCACCAUCACAUUUUGUUUCUUACAUUGAGUAAUUUCUUAAUGCUGCAUUUUAUGAGUGGUAUUGUAUUUUAAACCAAUUAUGAGAGAAUGAGAGAGAGAGAGAGAAAGUGUGCGCUCACAUGCGCAAGAGGGAGAGAGAGAUAGAGGGAGAGUGGCACAUAACGUUUUCUCUGCCCCUCUUUUUUUUUUUUAUUAUGGAUGAUGUCUGACCAAAUGUCACAAAGUUUUAUUAUGAUUUUAUGGUAGUCCUGUAUAGUGUUUUUACUGCAUUGCCUGGGCCUCACGCGCUCAGGCACCCGCUGGCUUGCGAAUAGCAGGGCUGGACUCAUUGUGCACUUCUGUGAAGUGUGAGAAUAUUUGAAGGGUAAUAUCUCUUACCUGUGUGUAGAAAAGCUGAUAAUGCUCUUUGGGGUUACAUCUUUUCAUUGUCCGUCUCUGUAUAUUGUAACGGAUAUUUAGAAGCAACACAGACGAUUGUCAAACGCCAAGUUGGGUAUUAGUCAGGUAGAAAGGACUUGUCUGAGAUAGCAGACAUUUUUCAGGAGGAAACCUACUGUGAUUUGUAUUCUGUAAAGUUAGCAUGGAAAUAUUAGGUUUGAAAGUGACAAUAAUCAAUGACCAACUUAUUUCUAGUAAAUCUUAUAGCUAAAUAUUUGCUCAUUGGUGUACAAUUUACUAGUUAAAAACAGUCCACAGACAAUAAGUAAUGACAUGCAUUAAAUCAGUACAUAACAAUGUAUCAGGAGUGUAUGUUGUCAUGUGACUUAGAUUGCAGACAUAUUUUGGAGUUUCAUCAGAUUUUGGGAGGCAUUCAAGGUACAGUUAUUCUUUUACAUCAUAAUAGAAAAUACUUGCUGUUGAAACAUUUGAUCUAUGAACUGAUCAGCCACCAUUACUUAGUAGUUUUGAAUUGCUAAAUGAGUCCUUUUUAUAUUGCUUAUUCUCAUGAGUCAGUGUUCCCUAACAGCAGUGCUAUGACCAUUGCUUCAAGGAGCAGUAUCAGCAACUUGUAACAUUUAUAGCCAUUUUAUAUUAUGAGUUUGUCACCUUGUUCAUAGUAAAUAUACAUACCUGUACACAAGAUCAACUAUUCCAUUUCACCUUAGGUCCAAGAAACGGAGGAUUAUGUUUGAGUGUGAGCAUUGUCUUGCUUCAUGCGUAGUCACUACACUGCAUGAGGAAAGUUAUGUUCACACAACACAGGCUGUGGCUGCAGGUGUGGGCAGUCAUCACAGGUGAGGCUGAAGUGGGUCCGAUGCUGCUGCUGCUGCCAGGGCCUCAGCUGGCCAGGUGAAGCUUCCUGGCACACCUGCCCGCCACACCUGAACAAGACGAUUUGUCCAGCUAUUGCAUAAAUACCUGGAUACCCCCUACUAUACUCUUUUUGGUAAACAGUUUAAGUGCAGAUUCUAUAUAAUUACUCGUGUACAUUUUACUUCUCUUUUGUACAUAUUUUUUGUAUUAUAGUAUGUUUUUAUAGAAGUCAUAAGGAGAUGCUUUUUCUUCUAUAUGCUUAUCAGGGAAUCAUGAGACACUAGCAGAUGAUAAUAACAAUGCUUGGCUUCUUAUGUCAGCUUUGUAGUUAAUCCCUGGUAAAUGAUGUAUUAAUAUUAUUAUGCCAAUAAUAAAAAAAUGCAAUGUC